AUGCGCCAGGUCGACCUGGCGCUCUGGUGCUUUACCCGUUUCGGCGUCCGCCCUGAUCGUUCGACCAUUGGUCGCGUGCUCAAAGGAACCGACCGUUGGAGCGCCGUCUCCAACGACGACAACCCCGUCCGCGUGCGUGGCGGCGCAUAUCCGCAGCUUGAGCAGGCUAUGGUGCGCUGGAUUCGCAACGCCGGGCCCGCGGGUGUACCGCUCACCUUGAUUACUAUCCGCGACCACGUUGCGACCAUGGCACGCGGAAUGGACCUACCUCCUACCUUCCGCUGCUCCGUGGGGUGGGUUCGCCGUGCCUUGCGCCGCAACGGCAUUCGGUGCCGCAGCACAGUUGGGGAGGCCGCCGACCAGGACCACGCCGCGGUCCGUACCUGCCAGGAGCAGCUCCCGCAGCUCCUGAUGUAUCUCUCCCUCCGUCCGCGCGACGUCUACAAUUUCGACGAGAUGGCUCUGUUUCUUUCGGUCUUGCCGCGCAAGACGUACGGCGGGUCGCGCGUGCCGGGGCGUAAGCUGGCGAAGGAGCGCCUCACGGUCGGGUUGCUCGUUAACGCGGACGGCAAUCACGCGUUCCGGCCUUUGAUCAUCUCCAAGUCCAAGCGCCCUCGCGACUUUCUGCCCGACUACGACCCGGAGGAAUUGUGCUACUGGCGUCACAACAAGAAGGGCUGGAUGAAUGCGGCGUUGUUCACUCACUUCAUCGGCCAACUCAACGCCGCCAUGGUCGCCGAGGACCGCCAGAUCGCCAUCCUCUUGGACAACGCAAGCAGCCACGUGCUGAAGGACGACGAUGCCACGUCGGAAGACCUUUUUGGCUUCCGCACUCGCAUCGUGGGCAACAUCCGGCUUGUCUUCCUGCCGCCCAACACUACCACCUUCACGCAGCCGCUCGAUCAGGGUCUGAUUGCCACGACGAAGGCACGCUACCGUCAGCACUGGCUUCGCGCGAGGUGCUGGUGGCGCACGGGGUGCAUGCCACGCUCGUGGGCCAUGGACCUGACGCAUGUUGGCCUGGACGGUCUCGCCACGGUCGGCAACGGCGUCAAUGCCGCUCUCCCCAUUGACCUCGACGAGGACAUCGGGGAUGUCGGCAUCAUGAUCGCCCGUCUUGGCCUCGGGUCUAGCGCCAUGCCGGCCGCCGCCUUCGUCGCCAUCGACGACGACCACCCCACGUGCGCCGAGCCGGGCGAGGACCCGCUCGCCCUUGAGCCGCCGACGGGGUAUUCGGGCGCGUCAUGGGAGGCUCCAUCCAACAUGCAGGCCGUCUACGACGACGACAACCCAGAGAGCCGCGAGGCGCGGCGUUACGCACGUGCGGCGAGCGAGAUGCUCAUCGGUUACGCACGUGCCACCGGCAUCACGCCGCGCAACCUUUGCGCGCUGUUCGAGAUUAAGAACCCGGUCAUCGUCGACCGCAUGGAGCGGGCUAGCCCCCCAAUGAACCUGAACACUGCGCCGAUGCCGGAUCCCCUGCAUGCCGCGUCCCCCGCGUCCACUUCCACGCAGGCUCCUGCCACGACCGAAGACGCGGCCACCCCUCGCCGCCGCGGGCGCGUUCUGCCUACGUGGAUGUAUGCACCUGCUCCCACCCGCCAGCAGCUUAUUGAAUUUGGCGUGAGUGCCGUCAUGAACGGCUAUGCGGAUGCGGCUGAGUGGAUGACCCUGUGA